CGAGAACUCUCCCUUUGACCCGCAGGCAUUCGUGGCUCGGCCGAGCACUCCUGCAUGCGUGCAUUCACUCACGAUUCAAGUCGGCGUAUCUGCCAGCACCCUGGCAUUUCUGCACACACUUCCUGUGCAUUUCCUGCACGAAGCAGUCAAGCUCGCCUUCCCGCACUAGCGUAGAGAUCUCCGUUUGCUGGCGCCCGUACCAGGUGAAAUCGGGAUAUCGCAAGGUCUGAUCGCACGCGUCUCGCGUUCUCCUUCCGAACAUUUGUCGAAACUGCAACUUCACGUUUUUAUGUGUGUUACAGCCAUUUAUUCGGAUUCGGGGUUCCGCCGCGUCCUGCAGCGGCACAGCGGGAUACGCGCUCUGUUCCUGACCGUGUCCCUAGAGCCCAAACCGGGUUUGACACACAGUAGGCGCGCAGGGAAUGUCUGUGGAUUAAUCCUUCCCUCGCCUCCCCCUUUCCUGCAUUCUGUCAUGUGGUGAUUCACGUUUCCUCCCCAGCUACCGCCCCUCACCCCCGCGCCCCGCCUCGGGGGGAGGCAGAUCCCCACCUUCGCAGCACCUUCCGCCCCCUCCCUCCCUAACCCCAGACUCACGCCUCCGGCUCCGACCAGGGACCAGAAGACUUACGGGCCACGAGGGCGCCUUUCUCCAGGGGAUUUCCGGGAGGGAAAAGGGCACUUCCACCCUCCCAGGAUGUCAUACGCCCCAGUUCGAAGGCUCCCCCGAGGCCCUGAAGACGCAGCUCCUAAAGAAGGGCAGGCAAGAAGGGGGGGUGAGGGACAGGAGACAGAGGUUCUGGCAGGGCUGGGCCCCUGACUGGCUGUGUAACGUGGGUCUGAAAGGUGACUGAGUGUGACUUCUGUGAGCCGACCCUCCACCCUCGAGUCCAGGCGACAGACUCAGAGACUGUGAAUAGUGGAGUCACAUUUGCCCCUCAGUGCCCUCCGACUCACCCAAGAUGGUAUCACAGAGCAGCCUCAGCCAGAGAACAUUCCCUACCAACCCAGGCUCAGGUCCUGAUUAUUUAGCUGGUGAUGAACCUCCCCAUCCCCUUUCCUUCUCACAAGUGCCCCCUCCUCAUUGGCUGUCAGAAUUUAUUUCUUUGGGUUCAGCAAGAACCUCUUUUAUAUCUUUUCCUGAAAUACAAAUUGCCCUGGACACUGGAAAGGGCAUCCACAAACAUUUAGAGAGCACUUGCUAUGUGUCAGACACUUCUAGAUGCUGUCACAAAACAGAAUUUCUGCCCUCAAGAUAUGUUCAAGCAUGGGGUGAAGGGAGAGAGAGAAGAAAUAGGUGAAUGGCAAAAUGGCAAAGAAGGUCAGGUGUUGAUAAGUGCAGGACAGAGGAUGUGUCAGGAAACCUGUAAGGUAACCAGGUAUCCUGUAAGGUAACCAGCAGUCCUGUCUGGGGCACCAGUUUCGGCCAUCUGAUUUGAUAGGGCUUUUCAUUACUUCUACAUACAAAUGAAUCUCGUGCAUAGAGAUGCAAGUGGAUUUUGUUGGGGUGAAUUGCAAUUAAUGACUGUCUCCUGGAUACUGACCAUUUUUCCCAUCUAUUUAUAAAUUCAUUUCAUCAUUCCUGAUUGCCAAUAUACAUGUGUCUUUAAAGAUUUAUUUAUUAGAGAGGGAGUGAGGAGAAGGGGCAGAGGGAGAGGGAGAUAAUCCCAAGCAGACGCCCCUCCAGCUCAGAGCCCUAGGCAGGGCUCGAUCCCAGGAUCCUAAGAUCAUGACCUGAGCUGAAAUCAAGAGUUGGAGGCUCAACAGACUGAGCCACCCAGGCACCCCAUACAUGUAUUUUUGAAUUCUCCCUAGAACCAGUUGUAACGUCUUAUUGUUUCCUCAGAAUUAAUGAAUUCCAUGAAAUCUUUGACUUGGUUCAUUUUAUAUUUCUAUGAGAAUCAUGAUUUUACCUUUAAAAAAAUCUCCUUUAACCAUGAUCAGAAAUGACUAGGAGCUCUCAUAGGAAGGGUGGUAAGGGAGGGCCUCCCUGAGGAGGUGACACUGAGUUCGACAGGGAGAAGCAAGCAGAAUCAAAGCUGGUGGCAUUCUACGUGGAAGGCAUAGCCAAUGCAAAUAUCCUGAGGCAGGGAGGAGUGUGAUCUAUUGGAGGGGCAACAAGCCAGUGGGGCAGGGAUAUGGAUGGAGGAGGCUGAAGUCCGUAUCACACAGGGCUGGGAUGCCAGGGAGGGGAAUUUGGAUUUUCUUGUGUGUGUGGUGGUGUCACUGGAGUGCUUUAAGCAGGGGAAUGAUCCUAACUGGAUCCUUUGAAAAUGAUUCCUUUGGCUGCUGUGUGAAUGGUGGAUGUGAGAAGCCAAGAGAAAAAUCAGAGCCCAGGGAGAAGGCCAUGAGAGAUGAGGUGGCUAGACCAGGGAAGUGAAGACUGCAAAAGGUGGCUGAAUUCAAGAUUCAAGAUGUGUUUCGGUGGUAAAAAGAACUAGCCUUGCUGGCUGGCUGAUGUGCAUGUUGGGGUGCAGAUGUGGAGAGACGGGACACAGAGAUGGGACACAAAGUCACUAAGGCCAUAGAGGGGCCAGAUUACUAGGUACUCACAACUUCUCUUUAAAGCAAGUCAUCAGAUAGGGGCUGCUAGCUCCCCACUCCUGCCCCAUUGCAGGAAGCUAAGGCUCAGACAGUCUGAAUGACUUGCCAGGGUCCUCUGGAACCUCCAGAAGCCUCUGGAACCCCCCUCCCUCAUGCCUUAUACUACCAACCUUUCUGAGUGCGUAUCAUUUUAGAGAUGAGAAAACGGGCAGGCAACUGCUGGAGCCCAAGCCAGCCCCUUUCUGUCUGCUGCCCUCCCGGCCUGGCUGGGAGAAAGUGCUCGCUGGUUGGGCUGUCAGUGCUGAGGCUCCUCUCAGCCCUAUCUUCUGAGUUUGGGUGGAUAGUCAGCUGUCUUCCCUCCACACUUUUCAGGUUCCAGACUCCUGGCCUGGAGGAAGGCUUUUAGGAUCCCAUUCCUAAAAGCAGGUAGCUCAGGCCUCCAAGACCAAAAAUGGGAAAGGAGAGAUCCUGUUUAUCUCAUUUUCCCCCUUAGCAGCAGCCUAGAUAUCAACAGUGGACCAUAGAGGGACAGGCCUCACCCAGUCCCCACUGUGGGCCUUUGUCCAGCUUGAAAGAGGAAAGUCCCCUGAGCUCAGCCUGGGAAGUCCACCAGCACUUGGGGAUGCCCCAGCCUGGCUCCUCUCGUGCUCGGCUCCAAUUAGUCUGGAUGGAGUCCGUGGCCAAUUGGCAAGCUGGUGCUCAGCCAGCCGAGGGGCCCGAAAGGGGGAUCCUAGCAUUCCUGUGACCUUGGAACACAUCACCACCUCUGCCUGGGGAAAGAGUGGCAGGAAGCUGAGUUUUAUGGGUGCCUUUUUACACCCAUUCACUUGAUGUUCAUAACGGUACCACAACGUAGGUUUUCACUGCACCUAUUUCACAGAGAAGGAAAAUGAGGCUCAGAGAGGCCAAGUAACUUACCCAGAUUCGCCCAGCUGAUAAGUAGAGCCUGAUUUUUCUGGCUCAAUACGCGUUCUUGAGUACUACUGGGGGCCUAGAACUGUGAUAGAUGCUUUCUUUACAUUGUCUUCUUUAACAACAACAACAGAAAAACCCAAUGAAGGUUGCCAAAUGGCCAGCGAGACUUUGUGAUGUUAUCUUUACUCCUGUUUUUAUUCUUGGAGGAGACUUAAAAGAAAGGCUAGGCUUUUCCCAGCCAGCCAGGCCAAGCAGCAUGACCAAGUGUUUGUGUUCAGGCUCUGGUUUCCUCGGCAAAGCUGGGGGUACAGAAAUCAUCAGGCGCCAGCAACAAAGCCCUGCCAAGGCCCUGGUUUGGGCAUCCCGGCCUCCUGAGUGGGGAGCCCAGGGGUGAAGUGGAUGAAGCAGGCGUGGAUCUCUGAUGGGACGGGAUGGGAACGUCUCAGUCCACCCAGGUCCAGCCUUGGCAUAGUCAGAGGUAGAUGGCCCAGUUUCCCGAUUUUGAGUGGAUCACGUGGACAGUGGUGACCAGAAGGGACCAAAGGCCAGGAGCUCACUUCCAAGUUCUCUGGACCACUUAUCAUGCCCCCGAAGCCUCGGGUCACCCUAGAAAGAGAACCCCAGGAAUGGAGUGGACCCUGUAGCCCACCACUCUGAUAAGCAAGGGGCACAGAGCCUAUUUUAACUUGAGGCAGCUUGGAUAAGUGUGUCAGCCUGUGGAUUCUGGAACCACUCUGCCAUUUGCUAGCUCUGUGACCAUAGGUGAGUUAAGUAGCUUCUCUGUUCCUCAGUUCCCCUACCUGUAAAAUGGAUUUAGGAAUAGUAUCUGCCUCAAAGGGUUGUUGUAAAGAUGAAAGAGUUAAUGCAUGCCGAGCUGGUAGAGUGCCUGCAGAGAAUUAUGUGUUAGCCUAGAAAAAAGAAAGCCCUGUGCUGCUUCUGGCCCCUGGUGGAUAUUGUGGGGCAAGUCUUCAGCUGCCAAACUGACUUUUCAGAGAGUGUCGUAGGGCCAUCCCCACGACCACAGCAGACCCCGACCAACUGCCACAUUAGAGCUAGCCUUGUUCACCUCUCUAACCUCGCCUCCCACCUCCAGCCCCCUACCCCCGUCUUGCUGUUUCUUCAGUGCACAAAGCAUGUUCCCUCCUGGGGCCCUGGCACUGAUAUUCCCUCUGUGGAGCCAUUUCCCGCCCCCCACCCCCCAGCUUAUGCAGGACUGCUUCCUUUUAUCGCUCCUGCUCCGUGUCAGCUUCCAUGUCUUGGCCGCAGCACCCUGGCGAAGGUGGCCCCUCGCCUUACCUCCCGUUUGCUCUCUAUCUGGCCUCCUUCUUGCAGAUUCGAAGCCUCUGGGCUCAUUGGCUGGCUUCUUUGCUGAUCAUGCUUCUGUCCUGCUAGGCUCUGUGCUCUGUAAAGGCAGGAGCCUUGGCCAUUUUGUUCACCAGUUACUCCCAGCAGAUAGCUCAGCACCCGUGACACAGCAGGAGCUUGAUGAAGAAGUACUGCAUGAGUGGAUGAAUAGACGGACGGAUGGAUGGAUGGAUGGAUGGACGGACGGACGGAUGGACGGACGAGUAAAUUCCCUGGGCUCUUCAAGCCAGUUUUCUGUCCCUCAAUGGUGGAGCUCAGGAAGCCUCCCCAGUGCUGGACUCCUGGCUAAUCAGCAAAACAUCGGGAAGCAAGAGAUCAGAGCCUAUCAAAUGAAACUAGGCAGCACCCUGGGAAAAACUCCAAUGAUGCCAAAAAAGGCAAAGAAGGACAGGUCUGGUCUGCAGGGAUUGAGAGGAAGGGCAUCCCAGCCCUUCAAGAUAUCUGUGCCCAUAAACCUCAGGAGGCAGGAGCCAUGAGCCGUGCGGUUCUUCACCAAAACUCCGCGAGGCACCAGGACACCUGGGCUGGGACACAAAGGACAAGAGCAUGGCCAGCCUGAAGACUCCGCUCCUGGCUGCCCUUGUCUUUCUUGCUCUGACACAAGCAACUGAGGCAGGUCCCUUUGGUGCCAACGUGGAAGAUAGUAUCUGUUGCCGGGACUACUUCCGUCACCCUCUGCCCCUGCGCAUGCUGAAGUUUUUCUACUGGACCUCAGACUCGUGCCGGAGGCCUGGCGUGGUCUUCCUAACUGUCAAGGACCGGGAGAUCUGUGCUGACCCCAGAAUGCCCUGGGUGAAGAAGAUUCUCCAGAAACUGGACUCAUGAGGACUCCUGGGCUUGGCUCAUCCGGAAGGGCUCACAGAGCCCCGCCUCCUGGCCAUUACAGCUGCCCGCCAACACAAGCCUGGGCCAACCAAUCCCUCCGCCAUCUUUUAUCUCUGUCCCUGAAGCUAUCACCCUCAGACGAGCCUCCACACUCUCACCCAUCUCCCCUCUUAUCCUUCCAAACCGUCCUCUGCCUGACCAUAGCCAGAGAGGCCACAGUCCUGCUCAGUCACUCCCUGGCUCAAAACCCUCCCCUGGCUCCCCAUUUUUGCCCCAGGCUGAGGUGAAAGCUCGGGAGCCUGGCACCCCUGCCUCCAGCCCUGCCUCACUUCCCUUCAUGCAUACUGGACUCCAGCUCCCUGUUUUCCAAACUCAUGCCGUACACAUCCACUUCCAGGUCUUUCUCCAGGCUGCUCCUGAUGCCCAGAAUGUCUCUCCAUCACCUGUGUGUGUCCAACCCUCCCGGCCCUCCAAGGCAUUGCACAACCCAAGCAGCAAGCAAUUGAGUUUUAUUUUUCAGAUGUCCCCUGACCCUCUGCCCUCUCUUAACAGCCCCAGUCACAGUUUGCCCAGAAUUCUCAGGACUUGGGGGCUUGCCCUUCAGCCCCAGUGGUUGGACCAAGGUCCCACGCUGGAGUUACUUUGUCUCCUGGCCUCUAACACAGAGCCCAGAGCACAGGGCCUGGCUCAGAAUCAGGGCUCAAUGAAUGGCUAGAGGCUGAAUCAAUAAAAGUAAUGUUCCUCUCCCAGCUCCCACCCCACAAAGACCCUCACACAUCAAUACAGAGACUCAAGUUCAUCUAGAAAGCAGCCAGCUGAGUCAAUUGUGAAGCCUCAAAUUUGCCCAGAUUCACCUUACUUCCCAUUUUACUUUUAUGUGUGUCACCUCUUUACUUUUCUUAUUUCCCUCUGGUCUUGACUGCUCCUCCAACCUCCAACACCCAGGCUUGACCUCUUCAGAGUCCCCCACUUUCCCUUUCUCUUUUCCCAAAUAACAGUAACCAAACUUUCGCUAUGGUGUGAAUGACUACCCUUUGCUUGUCAGUACUAGCAAGCUCUAGCUGUAUUUUUAUAAGAAAAGAGGGCAAAUGCUUAAGAGGCCAAGUGGAUGAAUGGAAGAACUUUAGGAACUGUGCGGGAGGGGGACAAGGCGGAGCUUUUCUGGCCCUGGGAGUGUGUGGGGCAUAGUUAAAUGAAAGAGCCUUGGGUGAAGAUUGUUCUCAGGUGGAAGGGGUCAGCAUAAGGACUGGGAUUUAGGGCUUAUCUGCACUUCCUUGGGGACCGUAGGUUCACCAGGCAAAAGAAAUAAACUUUAUAAGUGCUUGUUUCUUUCCGAGGGGGCCUGGGGUGGUGCAGCAGGGUGGUUGUUGCUCUGGGAUUCUGAGACCACUGAACCUCCUGGAGCCUCACUUGAGAAUGGGAAUACCCAUCUUAUGGGGUGGCUGUGGGGCUUAGGUCCAAGACAUGGGGAAUAAAACUCCUCCCUGGAGUGCUAACCUGCCCACUGCCCGUGCAUAGGGCCCUGGGAUUUCCCCUCCUCUCCUGUCCUGCCCUUGUCACUCAGGCCUUCUGAAAAAAUAAAUCCUCUACA